CCCCAAGGGCGCGCCCCCAGGGGCCCGGGGCCUGCUCCUCGGCCUGGCCCGGGCAUGGAGGCCCUACGGAGGGCCCACGAGGCCGCGCUGCGGCUGCUGCUGUGCAGGCCCUGGGCCGUGGGCGCCGCCUCCCGCCCGAAACCCCGCGCCUCGGAGGUGCUGACGCGGCACCUGCUGCAGCGGCGCCUCCCGCACUGGACCUCCUUCUGCGUGCCCUACAGCGCGGUCCACAACGACCAAUUCGGCCUGUCGCACUUCAACUGGCCCGUGCCGGGCGCCAACUACCACGUCCUGCGCACCGGCUGCUUCCCCUUCAUCAAGUACCACUGCUCCAAAGCGCCUUGGCAGGACCUGGCCGGGCAGAACCGCUUCUUCACGGCGCUCAAGGUCAUCAAUCUGGGUAUUCCAACCUUAUUAUAUGGACUUGGCUCCUGGUUAUUUGCCAGAGUCACAGAGACUGUUCAUACCAGUUACGGACCAAUAACAAUUUAUUUUCUAAAUAAAGAAGAUGAAGGUGCCAUGUAUUGAAAAUGUGUAUUGGAAAAUACAAAUGUCAAUGAAUUUGUUCCAUACAUGUGUGUGUGAAAUAUUUAUUUUUGAUUCUUUAAAAUAAAAUGCUGACAAACACCUUUGUCUUUCUAUGGUGUGUGUGUGUGUUUUUAAGGUAAAUCACUAUUCCCUAAAGGGAAGCUUUUUCUACAUUAUUAUAUAUUUUGUAUCGUCUAACUAAUGGGAACUACAAACACAUGUGACUUCACUCCUGUUUCCCUAGAACUAGAUUAAACUACAGGUAAAAAGGAGUGGAUGAACACAGAUUCUAAGGCUGGAUAUUAGCAAUGAUGGUAAAUACUUAGUGGAGAUGAUACGGUGUCAUUGACAAGUUCAAAAUAGGUAAGAAUCUGAUUGCGACUGAAAACUUAAGCAUCCAAGUGUUAAGAUUUUGCAUGGAAGUGAUUUUUGUUUAUUUUUUAAGCGUUUAUAGUAUUUAUCUGGACCGAGUAGUAGGAAUAAAGUGCAGUUGUACACCUGUGACCCCAGAACUGG